AUGACAAACCUCCUACUCAUCAUCUCGACCCUUUCCACUCUUACAAUCCUGACCCUGGUCUGGCUCAUCUACAAACCCCCAAAAUGGCUGAUCCGCUGGCUCCAAGCCCGUUAUCCCGAUGUUGUGUUCCACACCCCAAUACACACGGAUGAAAAAAUCGUGGCUCUGACCAUCGACGACGGCCCCUCGCGGCACACUCGAGAAAUCCAGCGUCUCCUUAAGGCUCACGGCGGUGUCAAGGCCACGUUCUUCGUCAUCGGAGCACACAUCCCAGGCCACGAGGAGACCUUGAGAGAAUUGGUCCUUGAUGGCCAUGAGCUGGCAAACCACGCCAUGCACGAUGAGCCGUCUGCGCAUCUACCUCUCACAGAGCUCGCGCGGCAGAUUCAAAUGGUCGAAAGACAGAUCCACGAGAUCUACGCCUCACUGACACCCUUAGAUCUCGCAACGUUCGCAGUGAAGGCGAAGCCGCCCAAGUAUUUUCGUCCCGGGAGCGGCUUCUUCAAUGUGACGAUGCUCGCCCUCCUCGCACAGCCAUUUCUGAACUACAGACUCGUCCUGGGAAGCAUUUAUCCGUGGGACGCGCAGAUUUCGUGGCCGGGGCUGAAUGCGUGGCAUGUCCUGAGCAGUUUGACACCAGGCGCCAUUAUCGUCAUCCACGAUAGGGAGUGGACGGCGCCAAUGUUGAGAAUCGUCUUGCCAGAGCUGAGGAGGCGAGGGUGGAGGGUUGGAACUGUGACGGACCUGCUGAGGCAUUCAACUGAAGCGAAGGUCAGAUGA